AUGAGCUGCAGAAGAAGGAUCAGCAGUGCAGUCCUUGUGGUUGUCUUGCUCUUCUCCCCAUUAUUGCUCACGCUCUACCUUCCCACUGCUUGCGCUCGCCAUGUGGCGGUGCUCGGCGCAAGAGAUGGCCUGAAUCUCGGAGGCGGCCGGCAGCUUGUGGUUGGUGAUGAUGCAGGAAAGGCCGUCCCUGUCGGCGGCUCACGGCCAGUUAGGACGGUGGAGAUGCGCGCGGCGAGGAGGCACCGGCGGGACGCGGCCGACGAGAUGCACGACAUGCUGAGGAAGGACUACGCGUAUAGGGCGAGGGGCAAGAAGCCCAUCCACAACGACGAGCCACUCGACGAUGAACCCUAA